AUGCAUUUUCAAGACGUGUGGUAUGAUGCUGAUGAUUCUUUGAUCAUGGAGAAGAUCAUUUCUGCUUGUCCAGUUCUUGAAGACCUUACAUUUAUAAUGACUUACGAUCAUGAGCAUGAAUUUCAGUUGUCUCUGACUGUUAGGUCUCAGAGUCUGAAAGGUUUCUGGUUCCAGAAUAGUAUAGAUGGUGCAGCUUUUAAGGUUGAGAUUGAUGCUCCACGACUUGAGUGUUUGUGUCUUAUUGAUAGUGUCUCUGAUGUGAUUGUGGUGAAGCAUCUGAGUGCUUUGUUGAAGAUCUACGUUGCUAGUGAUUUCAAUACCGAGUAUGGAGCGAGCUUGGGUCCAGAGGAUGCGAGGAAGAGAUAUAUCAUCAGUGAUGUUUAUGUGGAUAGUGGGACUGCUGCGUUAAUGUGCAUGAGGAAUACAGAGACUGGUUUUGUCCAGUACGCGGAAGAGACACCAGCUCCUGCUUCGAGAGCCCGCUACGCACCUGAGGAUCCAAAUCUCCCCUGGCCGUGGAUAGGUCUUGUGGAUACGAUCAGUGGGGAUCUCUACUUUUGGAAUACACAGACUGGUGUUACCCAGUACCAGAGACCACCUUCAAAUUAUAUAAAUGGUUUGUUUUAG